UAAAUGAGUUGACUAUAUAUGAAUUCCAGCUAAAAUAUACCAAGAUUUACACUACAGAAGCGAUCUUGACAUUUCCCCUACCUAAAACAUGGGCAGAUAUGGCAAAAGCUGAUGAAGCUAUAAUGGGCUUGUUGAAGUAUAAGCGCCUAUUAUCUGAAGGCUUAAGAACUAUACGAGAUUUUUUGUGGGCCAGUGGUGGUGGAGUUGAAGCUAUUAAGAUGAUGACACGAAUGAUUCACACUCCUACCAAGAAAAUGAAGAAAACGAAAACAGCACAAAUCAAUUGA